AUGUAAUUGAUUGAUAUAUAGAGUAGAUCAUACUCUGUCACGCUUCAGGUUGAAAUAAAAUGUCCAUUGUCCCUAUCAUAUGUUGAUUACGUGGUAUUUCCUCAUGACUGUGUAAGAUAUGUCAUCAAUGUCACUAAGGAUUCUUUUCCUUCUGCAAUAUCACGUUUUAUCUGGAUGGCAGUCGCUACGCCGACAUUAUAUGGAUAUCCACACAUACAGAAACACUCAGAUAACUCUAAGGUCAAGGAGAAUGACUGGAUCCUCCCAGAAUAUGCUGAUGUGGAAAUGGAAACGUCAAGUCAUUGUGCCUCGGAUGUGAGGUGUCGAUGUCAUGUUUCGACGAGUGGAGGAAUAGUGGCUGAUUGCUCAAACUUGAAUAUUUCCGUUAUUCCAAAUUUCCAUGCCAACGUUACCAGAAUCUUCUUACAGCGAAACGAGAUAGCACACUUCAAGAUAAAAGAGGGACAGUUGUCUAAUUUUACUCAAUAUCUGGAUAUUUCUGACAACAAAAUAGAAAGCUUCAUUGACGAGCCAUUUAGAAACAUGAAUAAAUUACUUCAUCUGGAUUUAAGUAAAAAUUUCUUAAAAUACAUCCCAUCUGUUUUUCCGCAAAAUAUAUUUCGAGGACUGAAAAGCUUAACAUAUCUCAACUUAAAGGGUAACAAUGACAGGCAUGGAAAUUUGCGAUCUGAAAAUCUAACAUACCCGACCAGUAUCGGAAAAAUCAUAACCCUAAAGACAUGUCUAUUGGACGGUGUGGAUCCAGGUGGUUUCUCAGGAAAAUUUAAAAAACUAACACAACUAGAAUUGAUGGAUUUAGGAGGCCACGAUGGAUAUUGUGCGUUAUAUAACUUGAAAUCUAAUUAUUUUGAAAAUGUAUCGUCAAUUCAACAUCUUAAUUUGUCUUAUUGUGAUUUGCGUAGUUUUGAAAAAGGAACGUUUCGUGUGCUCAGCAGAUUGAGUUCACUGAACAUUUCGCACAAUGAUAGGCUGACCUUCAGAGUGUUGUCAAGCUUAACGGAUGAUCUACAGGUUUUGCCCAUCAGUAUGUUAGACAUAAGUAAGAUACACUGCGACUAUGGACCAGGAACAAUGGUGUAUGUAGAAGACAUAUCAAAGCUAAGCAAUCAUACUUACCUGACACACUUGUAUGCAGAGAGUAACCGAUUAUCGCUUGUAGAGGAGGGCCUGAUUCCAGAACUACCGAAGAGUUUACGGGUUCUCUCAGUAAAGGAGAAUCGACUGACGUAUGGUGCUUAUGUUUGGCAAAUAUCCACUGCCAUUAAUUUAGAAUAUUUUGACGGAAGUAACCAGUACACUUCUCAUGACCCCAGCAUCGGAACCAAGGACUGUAACGACUGGAGAGCACCACCAUCAAAAUACGGUCAUGACUGGCAGGCUCAAUCAUCCAAAGACUGCAGCAACUGUUCGAUACCGACAUCCAAGAGUGAUUAUGAAUUUCCAACACCAAAACUGUAUCUUCCUCCCAAACUAAGUCGCCUCGAAUUCUUUGAUAGCAGUUUAGAUUACGAGAUAGGACGCAUUCCUUUUGAGCCAAACAACAUGACAUACGUUGACUUACACAGCAACUUAUUGCAUUCGUGGAAAGGUCCUAUUUCCAAUUUACAAUAUGUCAAAUAUAUUGACGGAUCAAGCAAUUACUGUACAUAUAUAUCAGAUGAAUUCUUUGAUGAUUGUCAAAAUCUCGAAACUCUAGUUUUACACGACAAUUUACUCGGAAAUGUUUUGUAUAAAGAUACGAAUGGGAAUAUCUUCCGUCGUCUUGAACGCUUACGAUCAUUGGAUUUAUCCUGGAAUCGGAUACAGGCAGUCCCUAGGCUUUUGCUUAAGAACCAAAGCAAAUUAAGGAGAUUGAACUUCAGCCAUAAUGAAUUGCCCGAAUUUGACUUGGAAUUUCAACUUAUGUCACACUUACAAAAUUUAAACCUGUCUUACAAUGAAUUGAAUUUACUGAGUGAUAACGUUCGUAGACAGAUAGAUAAUUUGAAGGGUCGAAACCUCACCGUAGAUUUAAGUAGAAAUCAGCUUCAGUGUUCAUGUGAAACAAUGGAUUUCCUAACAUGGCUAGGAGACAAUAAGGAGAUGUUUCACAACUUUCAAAACUACGAAUGUCGCUACUCAAAUGGCACAAACGCGACAUUUUCAGAUUUCGAGAAUAUUUCAGUUGGGUUAAAGAAGUAUUGUAGUGACUACACCGCAUUGAUAGUGGGAACUACUUUCGCUGUAGUUCUCGCUGUAUCUUUGACAGUGUCAGGACUUGUAUACCGCUUUCGUUGGAAAUUAAGAUAUUUGUAUUAUAUGACGAGAACAAGAUAUAGGGGAUAUUCAGGCUUAAUGACAAACGAUGACGAAAAAGACGAAUACCCUUAUGACGCCUUCAUAUCGUACUGCGAACAGGACGGCAGAUUUAUCAGACAUGACCUUUUAAAUGAACUGGAGAACCGAAGGGGCUUAUCACUGUGUCUACAUCAACGUGACUUCAUGCCAGGGCAAGAUAUAGCAGAAAAUAUUACAAAAGCUAUCAAUCAAAGUAGGAAAACAGUGGCAAUCGUUUCCAGGAGUUAUAUCGAGUCUUACUGGUGUAGGUAUGAAUUCAACAUGGCUCGUAUGGAGAGUAUUUACUCUAGAGACGGGAGGUGUGUUUUGCUGUUGGUGUUUUAUGAGAGCGUAAACCCGGAAUACCUUCCGUUUAAUGUGAUGGACGUUAUUGCGAAUGAGUCAUAUAUUGAAUAUCCGCGAGAUGAACAAGGUAAUGUUGUUUUCUGGGAAAAACUGGCAGAGACCCUUUCCCAGUAA